CCCUCUACAUCCUAAACCUUACCAUGCUCAGUUUCAGCCUGGAGCGGUCUAUGGGCCCUGUCACAUACCGCAAGCCCCCUGGGGACCACUACCUCCGCUCCAGUUCUGUCUCUCUAACCCACAGUGGUAGCAGCAGUUUUCAGUCCCACUCUCGGAGUCGACGUAGUGCACCAUCCUACAGUGAGAGCCCUGAACCCUCCAAUGGACCCAGAGAUGAAAAGGAGGCCUUGCAGGGACUAAAUGAGAGAUUUGCAGGUUACAUAGACAAGGUGCGGAGACUGGAAGAGCAGAACCGUGGUUUGCAGCAAGAGGCAACAGCUUUGCGGAAGCAGCAAGCUGGCAUAUCUGCCAUUGGACAGCUAUAUGAGAGGGAGAUUUGUGAUAUGCGCAACCAGCUCCUGAAAAUUAACUCUGAAAAUGGACAGGAACAACUUGAAAGAGAAAGACUGAGUGAAGACAUUGAGUUGCUUAGGAUGAAAACCCAAGAAGAGGAAAGGCUGAAGGAAGAGUCUCUGGCUGCUGAGAGGGCACUGAGGCAGUUCAUGCAGGAGUGUAGCCUAGAGAGAGAGCAACUGGGCAGAAAGGUUCAAGCUUUAGAAGAUGAGGCAGCCCAUCUGUGCAAGUGCCACCAAGACGAUGUGGAGGAGAUGCUUAGCCAAAUACAAGGAAGUCAGGCAACAACCGAACAGAUGGGAGAGGUGCCCAGUUUGGAGCUGGCAUCAGCCCUGAAGGAGAUAAGGGCUCAGCUUGAAGGUCAUAUUGGUAAAAACAAUGUGCAAACACAAGGCUGGUUUCAAGUGCAGCUGAACAAAUUAAAUGAGGCCUCCCAUGUGAAUACUCAGGCCAUACGUUCAGCCAGUGAUGAGAUCACCAAUUACCGCCACCAGGUGCAGAGCCAGAUCACCCAGUUGGAAGUUUUGAAGAGCUCUCAACAAUCCCUGGAAAGACAAUGUUUAGACAUGGAAGAUCGACAUCAAGCUGAAAUGGCAUCCUACCAGGAUACCCUGCAUCAGCUGGACAAUGAGCUGAGGACCACAAAAUGGGAAAUGGCUGCUCAGAUCAGAGAGUAUCAAGAUCUUCUUAAUGUCAAAAUGGCCCUUGACAUUGAAAUAGCUGCCUACAGAAAACUAUUAGAAGGUGAAGAAUGUCGACUUGGUUCUGGAUUUGAUCCUUUUUCAUUUGCUGAAAAGAUUCCUCGUGGGCCAAGCACUCCAAAACACAUCAAAGUAAAAAAAGAGGAAAAGAUUAAAAUUGUGGAAAAAUCUGAUAAAGAAACAGUCAUUGUAGAAAAACAAACAGAAGAAACCCAUGUGACCGAGGAAGUGACUGAGGAAGUGACUGAGGAAGUGACUGAGGAAGUGACUGAGGAAGUGACUGAGGAAGUGACCGAGGAAGUGACAGAGGAAGAUGAAGUAGUCAUUUCUCUUGAGGAAGAACAGGAAGAAGAAACACCUUCUGUAGAAAAAGAGGAAAGUAAGGAAGGAGAAGAAGAAGAAGAACAGGAAGAAGAAGAAAAAGAAGAAGAAAAAGAGAAAGAAGAGGAAAAUGAGCAUGAUACAGUGGAGGAAGAAGAGGAUACUAAAAACAAUCAGGGAGAGGAUUCUGCUGAGACUGGAGAGGGAGAGGAAAAAGAGACUGAGGAAACAAAGGAUGAAGACAUGGAUAAAAUAGAAGAAAAGAAACCCACUAAAGUGACAGAUAAAGGACCUGAGCAAAAGAUAAAAGAUGUAGACCCAAAAGAGAAAGAAGAGAAACCAGUUAAGAAAGAGGAGAAGGUAGAACCAGCAAAAAAAAAAGAAAAGCCUGGUAUGGAAGGGAAGAGCGAAGAGACAAAGACAGAAGACAAAGAGGCAGCAAAGAAAGAAGAAAAAGAGGAACCAACAAAGAAAGAGGAGAAGGAGCCUGCCAAGAAAAUUGAACAGACCAGCAUUGAACAAAAGCCAGAGUCUAUAAAAAAAGAGGAAAAAGGAGAACCAAAAAAGGAAGAAAAGAAAGAGGCUGCCAAAAAAGAAGACAAAAAUGAGCAGACCAAGGUGGAUGAGAAGCCAGAGCCAGCUAAGAUAGAGGAAAAGGGAGAACCAAUAAAAAAGGAGCAGAAAGAGCCUGCCAAGAAAGAAGAAAAAGUAGAUUCAAUGAAGAAGGCAGCAAAAAAAGAAGAAAAAAUGGAACAACCCAAGACUGAAGAAAAGCCAGAGCCAGCCAAAAAAGAGGAAAAGGGUAAACCAAAAACUGAAGAAAAGCCAGAGCCAGCCAAAAAAGAGGAAAAAGGUCAACCAGAAACAGAGGGAAAGCUAAAACCAGCCACAAAAGAAGAAAAAGAUAAAGCAACAAAAAAAGAGCCUGCCAGGAAAGAUGAAAAGAAGGAAGAAGAAACGCUUGAGUCAGUCAAGAAAGAAGAAGAGGGAGGACCAGAGGAAAAAGAGAAGAAGGAACCUGUCAAAAAAGAAGAAAAAACAGAACCAGCCAAAAAAGAUGAAGUCAAAGAGCCAUCCAAGAAAGAAGUUACUACAAAAGAGGAAUCAACUAAGAAAGACGAUAAAGAAAUAGCCAAACAAGACAAGCUUUCUAAACAAGAGGAAAAGGUGGCAGCCAAAAAAGAAGAGGAAGCUAUCAAAAAAGAUGAGCCUCCCAAAAAAGAAGAAAAAAAGGAACCAGCCAAGAAAGAGGAGCCUCCAAAAAAAGAAAAAAAGGAGCCAUCCACAAAAGAAGAAACAAAAGUAUCCCCAGCUGAAGAGGAACAGAACCCACCAGAGAUGGUAGAAAAAAGGGAAUCUGCAAAGAAGGAAGAAAAAAAACAACAACAAGUUAUAGAAGAAAAUAAAGAGCUUCCAAAAAAGGAGGUUGCAGUUGACAAGAAAAAGGGAGAACCAACCCAAACAGAAGAUAAGGAACCCCCCAAGAAAGAAACUAAGGAAUCUACAAAAAAAGAAGUCAAGCCAGAGCCUGCAAAGAAACAAGAGUCUUCUAAAAUAGAUGAGAAAGUAGAGACUCAUAAGAAGGAAGAGAAAAAAGAACCAACUAAGAAAGAAGAAAAUGACACAAAAAAAACAGAAGAAUCAGCAAAUAAAGAGGUAAAGGACAAGCCUACUAAGAAGGAGGAACCUUCUAAGCAAAAAGAAAAGAAAGAAGACAAGGAUCAAGUAGUAAAAGAAGAUAAAGAACCAGCCAAGAAGGAAGAUAAAUCACCCAAAGUAGACGUGAAAGCACCAAGUAAGGAGCCUGAGAAGCAGCCAAAAUUGGAUGGGAAGCCAGCUAAGGAUGAGGGAAAGAAGUCAGUCAAGGUAGAGGAAAGCAAACCAGCAAAAGAUGAAGAAAAAAUGUCUUCCAAGGCAGAAAAGCCACCUAAGACAGAGGAAAAGAAGGAGUCAUCCAAAGACAAUGAACCACUCAAGAAAGUAGAAAAAGAGGCCAUCAAGACAAAAACAGAAGUAACAAAAAUAGAAACGCAACCUUCCAAAGAAGAGAAAUCAAAAGAAGAUAGUCCAAAGGUCACAAAAAAGGAUCCUGUUGGUGCAAAAUCAAAGACUGAGAAAAUAGAGAAGUCCUCUGGUACAGACCAGUUAGAAAUUGAAUCAACUCAGGGAGGAAAAAGUAAGAAAUAAACCAAUUUUUAAAAUGCAGUGCAAGCUGAGGGUGCUAACCACCAAUCAGGCCAACAAGCCAAAGGAUCUUACUCUGAAUCUGUCAACCUCAGAGACUUUGAUUUGAAAUGGUGGACCCAACUAUGCUGCAGUUCAGAUUGGACAUUACGUUACCUGCUUACUAGAGUGAUCAGGAGCAGCCUUCACUCUGCAAAUUUCUCUGGUAUGGUGGUUCAACCCUAUCCUUAAGAAACCUCAACACUUGUGUAUUAACAAGUGAACACAAGGGGGGAUAAUUUACAAAGGAGAAUGAUAUUGCAAUUUUUUUCCCCUGUGGUGCAAAUAAGAAUUUUUUACACAUAUAGAAAUAAUGUUGAGGUUAAGAUCAGUAUGUGAAAUAUGUAAAGGAAAUUUAGCUAGAGCAAGUGAAAUACUGAUCAAUGAAGAGGAACUACAGAUCCAAAAAGUGAGUGGUCAACAGAUAUAAAUCGAACUAGACAAUUAGGGAAGUUCAAGAAUGCAUUCAAUCAUGCAUUAGAAUAAUAGGAAAAGAAGUAGAGGAGAAGGGAUUGCACCAUUAAAGGAGGACAAGCCAAUCAGGGAAGAAGUUUUGUGCACAUUAAUACGUUAGUAUUUAUGUUUCACAUCCCAAAAUCGCCUCUAGUUUUUGCACUUUACAGGCAGGAAUCACUACAAUUAAUAAGAAGCCAGCAAACCCACAUCCCUAGAAAGGACCUGACAAUGCAGGCGCUAAUGAAAACAUGUUAUAAACCACAUCAAGCUCUUGGCUUCCCUCAUCACAAGAGUAGUGCAAGAGUAGUGCAAGAGUAGGUUGAGGUGUCCCAAGUAUCGGGUUGGUAAACAGCACUGUAACCAGAUAAGUUAUACCAAGAAAGUUUGUACCAUGUUAGCUCCAGCUUGCGUCAGUUGGCAUUGUUAUGUUAGAUACAAUUAGACAAGUAAAAGCUCACAGCCUGAAAAUGAUAUUGUCUUUAGGGGAUACGUGCAGUAACAGAACACAGGCUCUCAGUAUGAGUUUUCAAUACUUCUAAUCCAAAGUGUUUUUGGGGAAGACAGAUUUCCUCCAGCAGUAGAUGCCUUUUUAGUAUAUUCUUAGCAAAUCAUCCUGUUCUCUGCUAGGGGCCUUAACACACUGCUUUGUAGUUUGUUGCAGUUCCCUGCGGCAGCCACUGGAUAUGUGAAUGUAAUGAAAAAGUUUCAGGGAAGAGAUACAGGAAUAUUCAAAUAGCCAUAAAACGAUAGGCAGAUCUACACCAAUACAAAUUGCAACUCCUUUUAUGAUGGCUGUGUUAUAGUUGAACAUUGUUCUUCAGAUUCACUAGUUACAUAGGGAGUAAAUCAUGCACUGUUCUAGUCCUUUACAUCCUGCUUAUCAAACUGUGCAAUAAUACAUAUAGUAAUAAAAUAAUUAUCAACA